AUGGAAGUGCACUCGCGAGCAAGUCUGCUUGGUCUACCAAGAGAGCUACGCGAUGAGAUUCUAUCGCACGUUCUCAUCGCUCCUGUCGAACUUUCCACCCUACACAAGUCAUGGCACAACUACAAAGAAGGCGUCUCUGCCUAUCCUCCUGCAAUAUGCAGAGUGAACAGGCAACUCCGUGAGGAGUCGCUUUCCAGGUUCUACUCCGGUAACACAUUCAUGGCUCAGAUCUCUGCUGAAGGUCUCUACGAUGCUUUUCAUCGCUGGAUUCACGGCGUUGGCAGAACUCAAGUGCAACAUAUCCGCCACCUCGAACUUCGCGGCUGGGUACAGAUCCCGUUCGGCCAUAUGGUGCAGAAGAGAUGGCUCGUAGCUCUGUUCGACUUGCGUUCGGGCACGAUGAGGAUCGGAGACGAAACAGUCUUGGCCAGCACUGCACAGCUCAGUCCCGUGAAGGAACUGGAAUUCGCGUUUGCGGAACUCGUCCGAAUGAGGAACGGCAAGCCAUUUGGAGCACUAGAGCUGGAAGAACUGGUUGAAGGAUUCCAUGACCUCUGCAUAGCAUGCUGAUCGAAGUCAUCAGCUGCACGUCUGUUCGCAGGUACUGCAAGGGACGCUUCCGAUCGCAAAUGAAGUCCCAUUGUCACCGGGUACAUUACACGGUAUCGCAGCAACGAUCGAAGCGUGACUGCACUCGCGUCUGCAGGUCUACAAUUUGAGAAGAAACGCUCGACGCCUGUAUUCUAGAUUCUACAGGAGUACGGCACAAAGCCGUUUCUGAACCCUCACAGACUCAUUCAAUCGGCCAGACGCAUGAUGCGGCGUAAGAAGAA